ACACAUGGACGGGCGACCACAGGAAGGCAAAGAUGCUCGGCUCCCCAGUUCGUGAUUCGCUGCACACGGCAAUAGAUCUUCCAUCCCGCGCCAUCAAUCGAUCAUUUAAUCGCCCAAGAUAUGAAGUUUUAUAUGCUGGCGUUGGCGUUGGUGUUGUUAGCGGUUGCAGAAACCGGAACAUGCCAGUGGGUUCGAGGGGUCGAGAGCUCUCACGUGGUUCAAAUCGGUCAACGACAACCUAAUGGAGGAGUCACUAUUGUCUGUGGAGGAUCUUACUUGGGAGGAAAAAUGGUGGUGCUGGGUGCACACUGUGCUAAUAAAAACGGGCGACAACCCAAUUUGGCGCGUUUUGGCAGUUCGAGUGGGAACACUUUCGACAUACCAAUUGCGAACAUCACUCUCCACUAUCGCUACAAGCCUCAGUUUGACUAUCACAACAUGGCCAUUGCGGUGCUGGAACGGAAUCCGCAAAUCUACUCCAGUGCGAUUCGAGCGGCUUGCAUCCUGAAGUCGCAUCCCAAGUCGAACACUCCCGUCCAGCUGAUUGGACCCAUCGCUGGUGCCGCCCAGUUGGAACGGGCCGAGCUGCUGGCCGUGGGUUCCGAAAAGUGCCACGAAUAUUACAACCCCAACCGGAAGCUACGCUUCGGAGUGCUGCUGUGCUGUUUCUGCGCGCGGAACGCGAAGCUUAAACGCUGCACGGAUUUACACAGCUCCCCGCUUCAGAUCGUCGCGCGCCGAUCGGGCAAGGAAGUACCCUAUCUAAUUGGCCACAAAUCGAUCGGAAAAUCGUGCGAUACGAGCACCCCUGGGAUUUACACCCGCUACGGAUCGUACUACGAGUGGCUGGAAACCGUCACCGGAUUGGAUUUCGAUGAAAAAGAGUGUUUCGCACGCUACUAAGUGACAGACGAUGGCCGCGGCAGCGUGUUACUCAUUAGCAACUAAUUCGAAAGGGAAUAUAAAGACAGAUAUCUACGUUUGAAAUAGAGAAUUUAUACACUAGUGAACAAAUUGAGUUGAACAUCAUCACAUCCAGUGUUUCUGUUGGAAGCUGCCUUGGAAGACAAUAAUGUGGUUAAUUAUACGUCUUCUUAAACUGCACGGCAACUCAUUCGUAUCGUAGAAUAUUUCUUUUGAAAUUAGUCAUAGCCUUAUCUUGUCCAUAUUCAAAACGACUAUUACUAAUAAUCGAUUUCCAUCUCAUCGUAUCAGCCUCCUACUCAAAUCAGUCAUCGUGGAUUUAUUGCAUUAUAUAAAAGACCUUUAAAUAAAAAUAGUUUUUCCGA